AUAGACAAAUAAAAAAUUCAAAAUGGCAGAAGAAAGCUCGAAGGAAGUACCAAGCAAUGAAACUAGAAUAAAAAUAGACAAUAAAAAAUUGAUGGAUCAGUUUUGGUCUCUUGUUUCAUUAGAUGAAGGAGUAAGGAUUGAAUCAAUUAAGAAUAUUUUAGAAGAACUUAACAACACUAAUAAUAAGAAAGAAAUUGAAUAUACAGUACAACGCCUGGUAAAAGGAUUAAGUUCAGGACGUAAAGCUGCUCGGCAAGGUUAUGCCACAGCUCUUACUCAUGUUUUGCUUUGUUUUGAUCAAAUUAAUCUGGCUGAAGUUUUUGAAAUGAUGGAGAAAUUUAAUUCAGUAAAGUCAAGUUUUAAGGGUCAGGAAGAACGUGAUGCAUAUUUUGGACAGCUUUUUGGUGUGUUGUGUCUUAAUCAAGUGAUUAAUAAAAAGAAAUUUGAUUCAUUCAAUGAUAUUAGCAAAAAGAUAAUGGAGAAACUGUGUUAUUUAAUGAAGAAAAAAAGUUAUCUGAGGGAAGUUGUGGCUAACAGCAUAUGUGAUAUUUUAAACCAUACAGAAUUUCAAUUUUUUGAAAGCAACUACAAGCCUUUGCUAAAAAGCAGUUUAAUGUCUGGUUGGAAAUCUUGUACAGUUGAGGAUGUUAUGAUUACAUUGAAAGUUAAAUCUCUAUACCAGGAUAGUCUUCCAGAUACCUACUUUUCAGAACACUGGAAUAAAUCUACUCUUCUUCACACAAAAAAUUUAGAGCCUCUUUCACAAGUUUUGAGGGAAUCAACAGAAAUUUCACACCCACGUGUUCAUUUAAUCUGGGAUGUUAUUCUUGAUCAUUUUCUUGCAGUAGACAUUUCAAAGUUUCAAAAAUUUUGGAAAAUUAUUGUAGAAGAUGGUCUUAUGGCUUCAACACAUGAAAGAAAGUUUUUAGCUAUUAGCCUUUUGCUUAAAGUUUCACCGAAGCUGACAAUUGAGCAGGUACCUGUUGUCUUCUGUGAGCCUAUUAUUCGUUGCUUGAUAAAUAGCCGCUAUUCAAACGAAAAUUAUUUGUUUAAAGCUGUAAGGGAUGUGCUACAGAAACUUCAAGUACAAAUAAUGAAAAAUCCAAAUGAAGAAGUAAUACCAUGUAUUAUAAAGGCCCUUGUGAGCAAAGGGCAUUUUUUAUUUGAUUCUAUGACUCAAACAAAAACAAUUGAAGAAUUAGCUUGUAAGAUUAAAACAAAUGUAGCUGUCUAUACUUUAUGGCUGCAGGAGUUGUUUGUUAGAGGUACAUUGGAUGACCAGCAACAGGAUAAUGUUAAUCCAAAAAACAUUGUAAUGUGUAGAGCAUUUGUUGUAUAUCAGAUGUUGUUGUUGGUUCGCUCUAAUAAAAGUCUUGAAGAUGAUGUUGUGCUCAGCAUUGCAACAUUCUUAUUUUUGCAUGGGCAUUUUACCAUUAUAAAAAAAUGCAAACAUGAAUUACAUUUGAAAGUUGUUCCCAAACACAGUGUUGAUGAAUUUACUCAAGGAAUGUGCAAACACAGAUUCACAUCUGUUCUUGUUGAGUUGAAUAAUCAUUACCAUCAACAACUAACUUCAUCAAAAGAUGUUUUUGGUGGUGUGGCAAAAGAUGGCGAAUUUUUUGUUACAAAAAUUAUUUCCUAUGCCAAGAAACUUUUGGACUUACAAAAAUAUGUGGUGCUUAGUAAAGCAUGGUUGCCAAAGACUUAUGAAACAUUUUCCAACAGUAUUGAACUAAUUAAUAUUGUGAAUGGAGAGAAGGGAGAAAAAGAUAAUGCCAUGAAAGCAAAAAGCACUGAAAUGUUGUUUGCUCAUUCUACACUUCAAUUGUUUUCUGAUCAUGAGGAAGCAGUGGAUACAUUAAUGGAUUUGCAUUCGUGUUACAAGAAAUCUCAAAUUAAAAAGAAAAAAAAUGCAAAAGCACCACAUUGGACAGAAGUACUUACUGAAAUUCUGCUGGGUUUUUUGGCACAGUCAUCUUAUCUUAUGCGCCAAGUUGUUGAUGCUGUUUUUCCAACUAUUGUUCCUUAUAUAACUCAAGAAGCUUUUAAUAUUCUUGUUGAUGCUGUUAAAUCAAAACCCAACCAAGCUUCUGAUAUGCUAGAGGGAGGUAAAGAAAAUGAAAAAGAUGAAGAAAAUGAACAUGAUGACGAAGAAGUUGAUGAUGAAAAAAAGAGUGAAGAAAAAGAAGAUGAUAAUGAAAAAAAUGGUGAUGAUGUUGAAGAUAGCGAAAAUUCAGAUUCUGAAAACGAUGAUGAAAAUAUUGAGAUAGAUGAAAAACUUAGAGCAGAUGUUAAAACUGCACUUGGAGAUUUUGCAGUAAAUGAUGAGGAUGAAGAAGAAGAUAUAGAUAUGGACACUUGUGACCCUAAACUUCUGGAUUGUAUGGACCAAGCAUUGGCAGCUGUUUUUCGCUCCAGAAAACAAAAAGAAGUUGAAAAAAAGGAAAAGAAAGAAUUGAAGAAAUCAGUUAUUCACUUUAAAUUGAGAGUGUUGGAUUUGAUUGAAAUAUUUAUAAAAAAACAAGCUAAAGAUCCAAAAGUUUUAGAUCUAGUAGAGCCACUACUUGAGCUUAUUCGUGUUUCUCAAAGCCAUACUGACGAGCAAUACUUAUUUGAACGUACACUUGGCAUUUUUAAAAACAAGUUAUGUUCCUUGCAUGAAUACCCACUGCAUUCAUCACUUGAUAUCAAAAGUAUACAUGACAGAAUUGAAAGACUAGUUGUUGCAGCAAAAUCAGCUUCAUCUGCUCUUUUUGUCACAUAUGUAACCUAUGCAGUUGUUUAUUUGAUAAGAGUUUUGCGUGGAAAUUCUGAUAUCAAAGAGCCCUCCCCUAUCAUCACUAGAUCACAAAGGAAAAAAAAAGGAAAUAAAGAAGAAAAAAUUCAACAAACUGGUGUUGUUGAUGAAGAACGUCUUGUUAAAUGCUUAAAUGAUGCAAUGGCUGAGUUCAUGACAAAGAGGUCAUCACAUUUACAGCCUGUUUUGUUUGUUGAAGUUAUUCAGCGGUUUCCUGAAAUAGGAUGGAAAUUCACAGAAAAUUUGUUCCAAUUUUUAUAUAAAGGAUGCAAUAAUUUUAGAAAAGUCAAAGCUUGUGAAAUGUUGAAAAUGAUUUUUUCGAAAAAGGUUUUUGAUAUGGAAAAUCACUUAUUAAACAUCAGAAAUGAUGGUUUAGAAAUAUUUACUAAGAUUUUUAAUGAAUCUCAAGGCGAUAGUUGUACAUUAAAAGCAAAGCAGUUUCAGGAUCUUCUUCGUUUAGCUGAUUUGUUUAUAAAGUUACUAGCCAAACACCCGAAGGUAAAAGCCCAAUUGGACUUAAAAGAUCUACAACAGUCACUAAAUGUUGUUCUGGAAAGUCCUAUUGCGAAACGUUCCAAUUCAUUGACAGCUUAUUGUAACGUGUUCUUAAAAUCUUUGAAAAACAUUUCUUCGAGUAUUGAAUCCAACGCUUAACUCAAAAGAACGUAGUUAAAUACACUAUUUAGGGAGUUAAGAGUCCUACUGCUCCGAAAAAUUUAAUAUCGAAAAUUCUAGCUUUUUCAAAAAGACAAAAAUCAUGUGUCUUUUUGCAUGAAUCUUUCAACCAUCAGAAAAGUUGCUCUGCAUAGAAAACCACAAACUAGUUAAGUUCUGAAAUGUUUAACAUAACUAGCUACAAACUAUUGUGUAAAAAAUAUAUUUUAAAAAUU